AGGUCUACCGUAUUUUCUAUUUUUAUUAAAUAUUUUUAAUUUUUAACCCCGGUUGUUAACAAUCAUAGAUAAAUAUAUAUGUAGCAAAUUAACAAUGCCCUUUAGUGAAGUUUGUAGAAUUUGUUUAUGCGUUAAUGUACGCAUGUUUGUUCUAAAGGAGACUGGUCUCAAAAAUUUAUACAAAACAUUGACGGACACUUUUAUGGAUGAGAAUGAGGGGCCCAUAAUAGUCUGUUUCACUUGUCAUGCAAGACUCAAUCGUUGCAGAAGUUUACAACAACAGGCUAUUGCGUCGAAUGCAGUUCUGGAGCAGUUGCUUGCAGGAGCGUCCAUGUCGAUACCAAAACCGCAUGAGCCUAGAUAUGAGAUUCAAUUCACACCAAUUUGUCACAUAGAUAUCAGGCCAGUUGAGUGUGACACUGAAAAUGAUCGUAAUGACGAAAUUUUUAGCCUUGAAUCUGUUAAAGUUGAGGAAGAGAAUAUUGAAGAUGAGAAUUCCAAAUUUGAAGAAAAUGGGAAUCAUGAAACAGAACAACGCCCCAUACAAACAAAUGAAUCAAAUUCUAUUAAUUGUAACAUAAACGAUGUUCGUAAAGAAAACCUGAAAAAAGAUAAUCAACCAGUUAUUAAUAAAGGAAACCAUCCUGCAAAGAUUAUGAAAAAGAAAAUUUUGAAACAAAAGAGUGUAAAUAUACUUACGAAAAAAUCAUCAGGGGCAUCAACAAAAGACAUUCUCGCCAAACUCAUUUCACGCAGUCAUAAGACGCAAAAGAACUCAGACAUCACUGCGAUUCGUACACAAGUUGAACAAACUCCAGUAGCACAACUAACGGAAAUAUUUAAUUGUGAUAUUUGCGAAUUUAAAACAUCUCGUAAACGUAAUAUUUUGGCACAUUAUAAAGCGCACGUUGCUAAACAAAUGUUCUGUUGUAAUAAUUGUGAUUAUAAAUGUACAAAUAAAAAAAGUUUGAUAUACCAUAUGAAAAUACAUACUGGAGAAAAACCUUUUUCGUGUAAUGUCUGUGAAUAUAAAUGUAUUCAAAAAAGUAAUUUGCAAACACAUAUGAAAAUACAUACCGGAGAAAAACCUUUUUCGUGUAAUAUCUGUGAAUAUAAAUGUAUUAACAAAUGUACUUUGCAAACACAUAUGAAAAUACAUACCGGAGAAAAACCUUUUUCGUGUAAUAUAUGUGAAUAUAAAUGUAUAAAGAGAAGUAAUUUGCAAAAGCAUAUGAAAAUCCAUACCGGAGAAAAACCUUUUUCGUGUAAUAUCUGUGAAUAUAAAUGUAUUUACAAAUGUACUUUGCAAACACAUAUGAAAAUACAUACAGGAGAAAAACCUUUUUCGUGUAAUAUCUGUGAAUAUAAAUGUAUUCAAAAAAGUAAAUUGCAAACACAUAUGAAAAUACAUACCAGAGAAAAACCUUUUUCGUGUAAUAUCUGUGAAUAUAAAUGUAUUCAAAAAGGUAAUUUGCAAACACAUAUGAAAUUACAUACCGGAGAAAAACCUUUUUCGUGUAAUAUCUGCGAAUAUGAAAGUAUUAGAAAAGGUGAUUUGCAAUUACAUAUGAAAAUACAUACUGGAGAAAAACCUUUUUCGUGUCAUAUCUGUAAAUAUCAAUGUAUUCAAAAAGGUAAUUUGCAAUCACAUAUGAAAAUACAUACUGGAGAAAAACCUUUUUCAUGUAAUGUCUGUGAAUAUAAAUGUAUUCAAAAAAGUAAUUUGCAAACACAUAUGAAGUUACAUACCGAAGGAAAACCUUUUUCGUGUAAUAUCUGUGAAUAUAAAUGUAUUCAAAAAAGUAAUUUGCAAACACAUAUGAAAAUACAUACCGGAGAAAAACCUUUUUCGUGUAAUAUCUGUGAAUAUAAAUGUAUUAACAAAUGUACUUUGCAAACACAUAUGAAAAUACAUACCGGAGAAAAACCUUUUUCGUGUAAUAUAUGUGAAUAUAAAUGUAUAAAGAGAAGUAAUUUGCAAAAGCAUAUGAAAAUCCAUACCGGAGAAAAACCUUUUUCGUGUAAUAUCUGUGAAUAUAAAUGUAUUUACAAAUGUACUUUGCAAACACAUAUGAAAAUACAUACCGGAGAAAAACCUUUUUCGUGUAAUAUCUGUGAAUAUAAAUGUAUUCAAAAAAGUAAAUUGCAAACACAUAUGAAAAUACAUACCAGAGAAAAACCUUUUUCGUGUAAUAUCUGUGAAUAUAAAUGCAUUCAAAAAGGUAAUUUGCAAACACAUAUGAAAUUACAUACCGGAGAAAAACCUUUUUCGUGUAAUAUCUGCGAAUAUGAAAGUAUUAGAAAAGGUGAUUUGCAAUUACAUAUGAAAAUACAUACUGGAAAAAAACCUUUUGCGUGUAAUAUUUGUGAAUAUAAAUGUAUUCGAAAAUGUAAUUUGCAAACACAUCUGAAAUUACAUACCGGAGAAAAACCUUUUUCGUGUAAUAUCUGUGAAUAUAAAAGUAUUAGAAAAGGUGAUAUGCAAUCACAUUUGAAAAUACAUACUGGAGAAAAACCUUUUUCGUGUCAUAUCUGUAAAUAUCAAUGUAUUCAAAAAGGUAAUUUGCAAUCACAUAUGAAAAUACAUACUGGAGAAAAACCUUUUUCAUGUAAUGUCUGUGAAUAUAAAUGUAUUCAAAAAAGUAAUUUGCAAACACAUAUGAAGUUACAUACCGAAGGAAAACCUUUUUCGUGUAAUAUCUGUGAAUAUAAAUGUAUUCAAAAAAGUAAUUUGCAAACACAUAUGAAAAUACAUACCGGAGAAAAACCUUUUUCGUGUAAUAUCUGUGAAUAUAAAUGUAUUAACAAAUGUACUUUGCAAACACAUAUGAAAAUACAUACCGGAGAAAAACCUUUUUCGUGUAAUAUAUGUGAAUAUAAAUGUAUAAAGAGAAGUAAUUUGCAAAAGCAUAUGAAAAUCCAUACCGGAGAAAAACCUUUUUCGUGUAAUAUCUGUGAAUAUAAAUGUAUUUACAAAUGUACUUUGCAAACACAUAUGAAAAUACAUACCGGAGAAAAACCUUUUUCGUGUAAUAUCUGUGAAUAUAAAUGUAUUCAAAAAAGUAAAUUGCAAACACAUAUGAAAAUACAUACCAGAGAAAAACCUUUUUCGUGUAAUAUCUGUGAAUAUAAAUGCAUUCAAAAAGGUAAUUUGCAAACACAUAUGAAAUUACAUACCGGAGAAAAACCUUUUUCGUGUAAUAUCUGCGAAUAUGAAAGUAUUAGAAAAGGUGAUUUGCAAUUACAUAUGAAAAUACAUACUGGAAAAAAACCUUUUGCGUGUAAUAUUUGUGAAUAUAAAUGUAUUCGAAAAUGUAAUUUGCAAACACAUCUGAAAUUACAUACCGGAGAAAAACCUUUUUCGUGUAAUAUCUGUGAAUAUAAAAGUAUUAGAAAAGGUGAUAUGCAAUCACAUUUGAAAAUACAUACUGGAGAAAAACCUUUUUCGUGUCAUAUCUGUAAAUAUCAAUGUAUUCAAAAAAGUAAUUUGCAAACACAUAUGAAGUUACAUACCGAAGGAAAACCUUUUUCGUGUAAUAUCUGUGGAUAUAAAAGUAUUAGAAAAGGUGAUUUGCAAUCACAUAUAAAAAUACAUACCGGAGAAAAACCUUAUUCGUGUCGUAUCUGUGAAUUUAGAUGUGUAAGAAAAAGUAGUUUGAAUAAUCAUAUGAAGAUACACACUAGAGAAAAACCUUUUUCGUGAAACAUCUGGUAAAAUGUGUGCAUAUUAUGUAAAUAUAAAAGUGUACCAUAU